ACAACGCACGUUGUGGUUUUAUAUAUUUAUUGAAAGUUUGAUAUUGUGUUGGAAAAAUGUCGGAAAAUCAAGAAGUUUUGUCAGGGAAUUUCAGCAAUACUUCGACUGUGGAGCAGUCGUUGCUCAGCAGGGAAGUAUAAAAAGCUUUGGUCAGAGAGAUUUAAUUGUUGUCAGUUUUGCCGUUCGUUUCGGAAACACGUCAAAUAAUCACAAAAUUCAAAGAUUUGCAAUUCAGAAAAGAAGGUUUAAGCACCAGUUUAACUUCAAUAUGGAGAGAGUGGACAAGUUGGGGAAUAUUGAACGAUUAUGUGAUUUACAAGACGUUGAGCGGGCUAAAUCGCUUAUAAAGUCAGAGGUUCAAGCUCUGCAGCAACGCAAUAAGUUGCUGAUGAUAGCAGACAAGCAUGGCUGGGACACAGUACGUGAGUACGAUGAGCAUCCUUUGGCUGACAACGACGACGAUGAUGCAAAACUCCGCAGCGCUAUUGAAUGUGCUAACCGGAACCGACGAUUCCGGCCUUAUGAUGUCAGCAACAGGUCCAAAGACUACGGCGCCUCCAGCAUUCCAUUGUCUUCGCAGUUCUUUUCGUAGUCCUUCAGCAAGAUUCGGAGAGGCUGCGUCAAGACGUUAUCAAGAAGGUUUUCUCCAAUAACAGCGACUUCCGAUCGUCUUGGACCGUGCUUCGCUUGCCGCCUUACAGGACACGUGGUUAGAGACUGCCCAUACGUCCAAAGAGGCUUCGUCCCACAACCACCCACUUCUACGUUGUUGAGUAUACUGAUUUUGUAUGUUUGCCCUGUAAUGAAUAUUCAAGUCAUUCAUCUUCUGAAAAACCAGUAAAAGAUAGUAUAAGAGCACAGAUUGAUUUUUAGGUUGAAGAAUUAAAAAUCAAUUCGCAUAUUUACGAUAUACUCUAGCUUAUAUUGUUGUCUCAAAGAAUGAGAUUUAUGUGUAUCAUUUUUAGAUGUGAUGUGUAUCCAGAAAAGAUCCACGGUGAUACGCUGUUGUUUCAGAGUGUGAAAUUUAUGUGUAUCAUUAUAUAGAUGUGAAGUCUAUUCAGAAAAGAUCCACGGUGAUCUGUAUCCAGUCAAUAAUAUGAUAUGUUCUCGCUUCAUAUUAAGGUAUUAUGAAACGAUGAUUUGAUGAAAGGCGUUAUAUAAUUACAUGUACAUUGUUUCAGCAUAUUGGGCAUAGGCUUCACAGUCUGCGGAGCGGGGGGACCUCCGUCGCUGCUAAUAGCGGAAAAAUCACAGUUGGAAAAUUGUUAGCCAAGCAUGGUCGUUGGAAAUCUGAAGCAUCAGUUGAUGGAUAUGUUCAUUUCAGUGUAGAAAAUAAAUUAACAGUAUCAAAAGUUUAGGGAUGUUAUAAUUUGUUACUUUAAGUUUCACCUUUGUUUAUUCGAGAAAAGCGGACCGCCUUGUAAUGUUUGUUGCCACAUGCUUGCUAGUUAGCAAAUUAUUUAUUUA